AUGAGUUUUGUGGGGUGGCUGUUGUCUCGCAAUGAGUCCGACCGCUCUCAUUCUGUUUGCCCGGGUACCACAUUAGGCAAAGGAGGGACUAUCCUCGUCAACGACACUUUCAUCAUUACGUUAGCAGAAAAUGCUAUCUUCAGACCGGCGUGCACAAAUGUGCCAGUCAUCGACGUCGACAAUCCAACCUCAAUUGCAGACAUAGAUGAACCCUUCUACGCAUCCACUUCUCCGCAGAUGUACGUCAUCGCCACGGCCACAGUUAUCAGUUAUCUCCUUGUCAUCAUCCUGUUCAUUACCCCGCGCACUUUCUUCGUUGGUGGUCGAGGUGGUGGGAGCUUCCUGGGCCGACGUGGGCGGUUAGGUGGCUCGUAUGGAAGCUCGUCCGUCAUAGGGAUUGGUGGCCGGCCGUGGCUACAGAAAGUCGCUGCCACCACCACUGCGAUAUCCCUCAGUAUCGCAACAGCAGACUCUUUCCGUGUCGCCAAAGAGCAAUAUGACCGCGGAUACAUGGACUCGAGCGCACUAACAGCCGAAGUUAUAGGUGGUGUGGAGAUUCGUGUUGUCCGCGUUAUUUCGAGCACUUUUCUUUGGCUGGCACAGGUCCAGACUUUGAUUCGCUUGUUUCCACGCCACAAGGAGAAAGUAAUCAUAAAAUGGACGGGUUUUGCAUUAAUAGUGCUGGAUGUAAUAUUCAGCAUCCUCAACAGUUUCAUCAGCCGAUCACUGAACCCAAGUCGACCGAGGAAUAUUGUUGAGGCCAUACCAGCUCUCAACUACUUGUUUGAGCUAUCUUUGAGCUUAUUAUACGCUGCCUGGGUUAUUUUCUAUUGCCUUUCUAAACAUCGCUUUGCCUUCUUCCAUCCCAAAAUGCGCAACAUUUGCCUGGUGGCCUUGUUGUCUCUCGUUUCAGUUGUUAUCCCCAUUGUAUUUUUUGUAUUAGAUCUUUCGAAACCUAACGUUGCCGGCUGGGGUGAGUAUAUUCGCUGGGUUGGAGCCGCCGCAGCGAGUGUGGUGGUUUGGGAAUGGGUCGAACGCAUAGAGGCGCUGGAAAGAGACGAAAGGAAAGAUGGGAUUCUCGGACGAGAGAUAUUUGACGGCGACGAAAUGCUGGAGGUUACUCCAUCCCAGGAGGUCGAUUGGCCUGGCUCACAUAACGAUAAAUAUGAUGGCGGAGGAAAUGAAGGUUCUGGUUCAGGCUGGGGCGGCGUCAUAGGUCUAACUCAUCGACCCUUGAAGACGCGAGUCACAUUCCAGAGCCGCUUACCUCAAGCCCGGAGAAAAACCAGGAAGACAACGACUACAACAACUCCAGCGGCAAACGGCACGUCUACUAAUGGCGGCGAUGAUGUCAAUUCCACGCCCCCCCCAAAUACAACAACCCCUGUCAGCCGAACAGACACCGUUAGUGCUGCAAGCACAGUAUAUCGAGUCCGCUACCAUUCCGUUGGCAGCGUCACUUCAGACGGAAUGGAACGGGCGCCAGAUGAAGAAAUUCCAAAGGAGUUUCCGGCCCCUACUCACCCACAAUCUACUAUUAGCAGAGAUUUCUGCAGCCAUUCUCCGCCAAUACCAGUAAUGAACUCAGGGCUCGGGUGGAUAGUGCUAAAUAAUCCUUUUAAGAAACGACGCGGCUCUCCACCAACACAAGUAGCAACAGCUCAGGCAAAAGUGACACACACUUUGCAAUCAGGAUCUGAGACCGCAAACGGCGAUGGUACGAAUGACAAAACGUGGAAUUUCAAAUCAAAGCUUGACACAAUUUUUACCUACCGCCCUUGGGACAAAGGUAAAUUGUCGCGCGAGACGGAUCCUGAAGCACCUCUACCCGUCACCGUCAUCCCUGCACCCAGGAGCGCGCCCAGGGGCCAGUCACCCAGCAGGGACGAUGGAGAACAGGACACAUCGACCCAAGACCAGCGCGAUAUAAGAAGCAACUCUGACCUCCCAGUGAUGGUAAUUCCACCACCGUCACGAUCAUCAAGGACCUGGCCACUCCCUGUUGUAGAGCCAUCAUCGCAGGCUGGUGAGCGAAGAAACGAAUCGCUGGAAAGGCCAUUCGUGGGAGAUGGCGCUUCGCCUCGCCCCAGAAAGCAGACAGAUACAGUUCAUGUUGGAGAUUCGAAUGAGCUUCGUACGUCCGCCGCUACGUUGGCAUCCGAAGCCACAUUGUCAUCGCCCAUCCCGAUACACCCCGUUUCUCCCAACUCGACAUCUUCUGCACAAGGCCAUCGGUCGGAUACCUCAAUUCACCCACACUACUGGGGUGGCGGGCUAGGACGGCGAAUUUCUCCUACAUCUGAAGUGCCCAUAUUGAUAGAAGAGGAACACGCAAUUAUUCAGGUUGUCCGUGAGCAGUCGUCGUCUUCGUCCUUUGAUGAUGGGAAUGGUUCCGACUCCACGUCCCCUGCUAUUGAGAUAUCACCAGACGGUGAAAGAUAUCCUCAUACAACUACUAACUCGACGGAGCCAGUGCCCCAGUCGUCAUCUUCGGGAAGCCCGACUGCUCAUAGUCGACAUAUUUCCUUUUUACACCCUCUCCACGAUCGAGAUAACCCUCGACAUCUCACCGAUUCGGAUCUUGGGGCACAGCACGGGAAUUGACACUGUUCCGCCCAUGGAAUUUUUGGGGAUAUCAAACAAAUCAAAAAGAAAAAGCAUGCGGGCUUCACUCCGUGGCCAGCGGCUUGAAUUUUCCACCUCCUGGUUUACUACUUCUGACGAUUUGGGAAACUUUUCUUUGCAAUCAUAGGAUUUGCCUCCCUUUGCACAUUUAGCGCGGAGUUUUCUUCCUUCCUUUCCUUUUUUCUUUUUUUCUGAAGUUUUGGGUUUGGGGGUUGGACUUCUAGGCGGGCAAAAUCAUUAGGACACCAUUGGAUUGUAUAUAUGCGAUGAAGUGUUUUCUUUCUUUUUCUCUUUCAGGUUUGGGGGAUCGCGGGCUGGGCUUUGCGCAUUUUUGGAUAGAAACAUGUUAUUUUAUCAUUACAUUUCCUGGGAAAUUGGGUUUACACUUGACAUGUAUUUAUUUACUUAUCUACCUUGGUUAUAUCUC